AUGUGCCUGACCAAGUGCUACUCGACAGGGAGAUGCGUGAUGUGGAAGGUCAUUCUGAAGACAAAGGCUGCGCUAUUCCAGAAGGCGAUUGGAGCGGCUAACACCCCGUAUGAAGAUCGAGUGGCGUUGGUGGAGAAAAAGUAUUACGUCGCCGGCGGCAGAGCGCGAAUGAUGUUCGCUGUCAAGACGAGCAGGGCCAUGGCCUCACUUGACAGAGCCCUUAUGGCCGUGGGCUCGCUAAAAUCCUUCGCUGAAUUUGAUACCGGGGUGCUGUCUGGCACUCAACAGCGAAUUGUAAGCUCGUACGCUGUUCGAGAACUCAGUAUCAAACUCGGCCCUGACAAAUUUCUGGAAGCAGUGAGCUUACUUCAGAUGAACCCGUCAAUGGAUGGAUUCAUCUUUGAGGGAUGGGUCAUCGGGUGUCUGGCACAUGGUCCGCUGACACUCAAGCAAUUGGCUAGCGGGGGAAACGUUGAGUGGAAACAAUAUCCUCUGGUUCACUUCGACAUCACGCAGCUGCAGCUGAAACUGCAAGCCUUAUCCACGAAACAGUGGCUUGUGCCGUUUAAGUGGAACCAAAGUGGCUACGGCAUCGUCUUCUUGGACAAGACGAGGGGUGUCGUUCGCUUUGUCCAGGUGACAAGAGCAUCCAAGCACAGUUUCGCCGCCAAGGCAUUCUGUGACUUCCUCAAUAUCUUGCACGCGUGCAAGUGGAUGGAGAUUCUCUCGGUAGAGCUCUGCUAUGUGGUACCGCGCAAGACUGAUGAACCCAAGCCCAAGCCAUUCAUUUCGAAAGAAGAGCUUUAUCGCCAGGUCAUCGCGGUGGUUUUCCUGCAGGGUGAGUACCGCCCUUUCGAGGAAAAGAAGUUGACACGAAAGACGCUUGAGACGACAGAAGGAACGCCUAUCACGUGCUCUGUUGACACUUUGGAAGCCGCGUAUGAUGCCAUUUCUUGUCACGACAUGGAGCUACAGAGGCAGGAAAUGCAUGGGUGA